AUGGCUUCCAACAUAACAUGGCAUCCUAACUUGACGCACAGUGAGAGAAGUGCGUUGAGGAAACAGCAAGGUGUAACCGUAUGGUUGACUGGUUUGUCAGCGAGUGGUAAAUCCACCAUAGCAUGCGCUUUGGAACAGUCGAUUUUAGCAAGAGGGUUGAACGCGUACAGGCUCGACGGUGACAAUGUUCGAUUCGGAUUGAACAAGGAUUUGGGGUUCAGCGAGGCCGAUAGGAAUGAAAACAUCAGAAGAAUAAGCGAAGUUGCGAAAUUAUUCAACGACUCGUGCUGCGUUACCGUGACGUCAUUCAUUAGCCCCUACAGAGCAGAUAGACGGUUAGCUAGGCAGUUGCACGAAAAGGACAACUUGCCCUUUGUUGAGGUGUAUGUCGAUGUGCCAAUUGAAGUUGCUGAGCAAAGAGACCCCAAGGGGUUGUACAAAAAGGCCAGGGAGGGGAUCAUUAAGGAGUUCACUGGUAUAAGUGCGCCUUAUGAAGCGCCAGAGCACGCAGAGAUUCAUGUGGAAAACCACUCAGGUUUGACCGUGGAGCAAGCUGCCGAGCAGAUAAUAGAGUACCUCAUAAACAAGAAAUACAUUGAGUAG